GUGACAAUGACAUGUGUUCUGUGUUUACGAAAGAAACUAACUUGCGUGAACUGAACUCUGUGAUCACUUGGUUUGUGUUUAUUUUCCACUUGAUUUUUAUUUAUUUGUGAAAUUUGAUUGCUAAUCAGUCGCAUAAUGUUUAUUGUAUAAAAUAAACGUACAUAUAAAUAAUUCAUUGCCCCCAGCGACUUGAUAACGUACCUAUCGCAGAUUAAUUCCUUUAUUGCGCUCUGAUAAACUAUGUUAUCGUUAAUAUAGCAAGUGAAAGUAAGAAUUUGUUUUUAUUAAAAAUGGAAGGAAAUAAGAAAAUUGUUACCGAGGAGCAGUUGAAGAAGUAUUUUCCAGAUUUACCACCUGGUCCAUUGGAGAAGUACAGGAAAAUAGCAUCAUUUGACUGGCGACGAAUGAAACUUGUUUAUGAAAACUUGAACACAAUAAAUUUGAAACAUGAAAUAUGGACAUUUAUGGAAAACCACCCAUUCUUCAAACACAGCGAUGCUUCCUUGUCUUUGGAUGAAGAAAGACACAUCACAAUCAAGAGGAUGUAUGCUAUUUAUGACAAGAAUUUUAUGCAGUAUGAGAAGCUAUUGGAAGAUCCCAAACUAUAUGCAGCCGACACCGAAGCUAUGUUCAUGUUUGACAGCUCCCUAGCUGUCAAACUGUCAUUAACUUUCCGUAUGUUUCAAAACGCCAUCCAAGGUUCCGGAAGACCGCAUCACUUUGAUAUCCUGGAUGAUUUGCAAGCGGGCAGGAUUGGGGGAUGUUUCGCCCUGACAGAGGUGUCCCAUGGGUCGAAUGCCAAAGGUAUGAGGACCACUGCCACAUACGUCCCGGAGAAGAGACAGUUUGUGCUUCACACACCAGACUUUGAAGCUGCCAAAUUCUGGGUUGGGUGUAUGGGUAAAUGCGCUACUCACGCGAUAAUUUACGCCCGUCUGAUAUCAAAGGGCAAAGACCACGGUCUGCACACGUUCGUGGUGCCUCUCCGAGACCCCAAGACCUUGAAGCCGUACCCCGGCGUGAUAGUUGGGGAUAUUGGCGAGAAGAUAGGGUUGAAUGGAGUUGAUAAUGGUUUCGUUAUAUUCAACAACUACCAUUUACCGAAGGAGGUUGCGUUGGACAAACUCGGCGGGGUGGACGACAACGGUGACUACAGGACCCCAUUUAAAGACCCCAGCAAGAGGUUCGGGGCUUCCAUGGGGAUUUUGUCAGGUGGCCGCGUUCACAUCACAGGCAUAACAACGACAUACCUCCAGAAAGCGAUCGUGAUCGCUGUCAGGUACUCGGCCGCGAGGAAGCAGUUCGGUCCCGAUGGCUCUGAUGAGGAAUUACCGGUUUUGGAGUAUCAACAACAGCAAAUUAGGCUGCUACCAUACUUGGCUGCGACAUACGCCAUGAAGAUAUUCUCAACUUGGCUCGCCGAAACUCAUGUUGGGAUGAUAAUAAGCAGUUUGAUGGCAGAAUCGGACAAUUUGGCGGCGAAUCGUGGUGUAGAAAUGCACGCUUUGUCCUCGGCCGUGAAGCCAAUCUUCGGCUGGACGGCCAGAGACGGCAUUCAGAACUGUCGCGAGGCAUGCGGGGGACAUGGCUAUUUGAAAGCUGCGGGCAUCGGCGUUCUUCGAGACGAUAAUGACGCGAAUUGCACUUACGAGGGUGAGAACAGUCUUCUGUUGCAACAAGCCAGCAAUUGGCUGCUGAAUGUGUGGAGAAGAAGAAUAAAUAUAACACCGGACGACGCACCGUUGGGAUCGCUCAAGUUUUUGGAGAAUUCUGAUGUUGUUUUGUUGGAUGAGAAAUGUAAAUGGUAUAGCGUGGAUGAUCUUGUUGAACCGGAAAAUCUAAUCAACAUGUACAAAUGGCUGACGGCGUACGUUCUCAAAAUGACCGCAGAAAAAGUGGACAAAUUGAAAAACGCGGGAAAAAAUAACUUCGAAGCGAAAAACGAUUCGCAGUCAUACAACGCGGUCACUCUAUCUGUUGUCUAUGGAGAGAAUUACGUCCUCAACCAUUUUUAUAAGACCGCUGCGGCGUUCGAAGACGCGGCGUGUAGGAGUGUUCUUCUAAGACUGGUCUCUUUGUACGGAGCAUUUUUACUAGAGAAACAUCUUGCGACGCUGUAUAUUGGUGGAUAUUUCACCGGAGACCAGGGUCUGCGUCUUCGCGAUGGUAUACUCAAAUUGUGCGAACAGAUACAACCGGACGCGGUGUCACUGGCGGACACGUUAGCGCCUCCGGACUGGUGUUUGAGAUCUGUUCUGGGAAUGUCGGAUGGAGAGGCAUACAAACACAUCCAGAACCAAGUGAUGACGUAUCCUGGGGCUCUGACACGGCCGCACUGGUGGAGGGACGUUGUCUACUGGCGGUCGUAUGUUCCUGCUAAAAUAUAGCAUAUUUUCUUAUACAUAUCAUAUAUUAUUAUACAGGGACCAAUUUUAUUUAAAUAUUGUAUACAAUUUUUCAUUGAGUGCAUUUUAUAAAACAUUUUUGAACAAUCUUAACUAUGCUUUAAGAAAAUAGUUUAAGUAACGAUGAAUUUAUUAAGUUUUUAUCUAUGCUGAUAUAUUUUUAUGUGGUUGGGAAAUGCUGAAAUAUAUAU